UCCAUAAACCAGCACUCAUCGUGCACAAGAUCUGACAGUUAUGCAUUAAUGCGGGUCACAAAGUGCCGAACAAAGCAGCGAUUGGCUGCGCCCCUGUAUAAUCUAGUGCUAAAUCGGUGGAUUAAUGAGGGGCAACGCAGCGGGCUGGCAAUCCCGCAACCACCGAUCUGAUGCAAAAACAUAACGAGCCAUGUCUGGUCUCGAAGCAAUCGGCAUCGCAGCGAGCAUUAUCCAAGUCGCUGAACUUGGUGCCAAGCUUGCGGUCAAACUGUGCACUUUCUAUCAUCAGGUUAAGGAGUCGAAUGAGGCUGUUCAGAGUCUGUCGAGUGAUGUUUCGCUGACAUGCAGUAUUCUGCAUCAAUUGGGGGAUAGUCUCGAGCAGGAUGCGGAGACGAGGCUGUACUCGGCCAAUGCAUUCAUUACUGCGCAGGAGGUCCUGGGAGAGUGUAGGAAGGUGUUUGAUAAGAUCGACCAUGCGGUCGAGGAGCAGAAGCGCGAUAAUACGAAGAAUCGGGUCGCUCGCGUGACGAGGAAGUUUGGACUCGCGCUUAUGGAGAGAGAUCUGGAUAUGAUGAGGACCAAUUUAGAGAGGCUGAAGAGUACGGUGUUGUUGAUGUUGAAUGUGAUUAUUUAUGCCGGGCAGAUUCGGUGUAAAUCCGAGUCUCCUCUCCUGAAAGAACAACGAGAACUCAUCGAUCUCCUCGUGGCAGAGAAAAAGGCCAACGAGGACAAAUACACCAAUCUUCAAAAAGCCAUCGAGUCGGCCCAAGUGAACAAUCACUUCCAGGCGUUGACUCCCUCCAUCAGCCAGGAUACGGCGAGUACCACAAGCACUGCAUACGACCCAUCAACAGAAGUAAAAGAGUACUACACCCUCGUCAAAAACCUCCUCGAACGAGUCGACGCCUGCAAAUAUACUCUCGAUCCAAGCCGACACCGGCGCAUUCGCUACGGCGUUAUGAAUGUGCAUUUAGCAGAGGAAAAGCUAUUCCGGUCUGUCGAUGAAGAGAAGCUCUCACAGCUCAUUCGUGGAGACCCGAUAUUCGAGUCGCAAGCCAUGCACGCUCCUGCAAAGGCCACAAAGCUGCGAAAAGCACGACCAGCGGUUGCGAACACCGGUGAAACGUUUAGCAAUUUUGAUACCCGUCCACUGUUUCCACCUUUAUUUGGCUCCAGCCCUAUCCACUUUGCUACAGAAAACAAUGGGCAGACGUCGUCUUCGGCUUUUGCCACGGUAACAAAGCCCAAAAUGUUCGGUUCUGCGAAUCCGAGCUACAAUCACCGCGGAUCGGAAACUGAUUAUGAACCUUUGUUUGGGCGGGGCUUUGAAAGCCAGGACAGCCCCAGUCAUUCGGCGGAUGAUGUCUCUAAUGCCGUGGAAAACUUUGUUCUUGAGUGGACGACUAUAGACAAGGGUGAAUUACAUGAUUGAUUAUCAAGAAUGGCCUUGCAUGCAAUAAUUGGAAACAUUCAGGAUUAAUUGCUGGGAGGUAUUCGAGAGAAUUACUUGGCCAA